CUUCGAAUCCUCAACAAUAAAGCAGAAGAUCUAAAAAAUACAUCCUUCCCUAUUAUAUAAAAGAUUCGCACCCAACGUCGGUGCCAAUGGCUACGUGGUACUUGCCAGAGAUUGUACGAAUUAUUUCCGAAUACGCAGAAAAACCUGACUUUGCAGCGCUAUGUCGCACCUCUCGCGGUCUUCACUACAUCGGAAAUGAAAUGCUAUACGAAUCAAUUACUUUAAACCUUCGAGAGAAAGGCCCUAAAUGGUUUCAUUUAUUGUGUCGGGCUCUACUUGGGAGCACGGGGUUUGACAUGUACGUCAGAAGGCUUCAUAUCGUGCUAUGCUACGAUACCCGCCACGGUUACGCUAAGCCAUCAUCUGAAGAAGUCUCGUCUCAACUUCAAACGCUUUCCAGCAUCAUCAGAAAAUGCAUAAACCUCCGGGCUAUUAAUGUCACCCGCGAAAGCACCGCAUCCCACAGUGCAAUCCAAGCCUUCGACCAAUCGCUCAUUCAUUCUUCUCAGCUACGAGAAAUUACAGUCCAAGUGCAAUAUACAGGGCUGGGCUUCUAUCCUUCCACGGGAGAGGUAGAUGUCAAUACUUCUCUGCUUCUCGACCUGCUCCAAUCUUCAUCCACCACAAGUCUUAACUUGUUAUUGGAGCAAGGCCCCGAAAGCCUCUUACAAAUUCCAAGCUACCCGACGAAUAAUAACGUCGUUAAGCUUAGUCUUAUUAGAUCUGGCUUGCAUAUGACUUCUCUUCAGAAGAUUUUAACUGCUGUUCCUAACCUUCAAGACUUGUCCCUUUCUUUUAUGUUUGAUGCGGAUCGCACCAUGCAUCAUAUUGGGUGUUUUUUGGACGGCGAAAAACUUGGUCGUGUACUGGCAACCGUCUCUUCUAGGCUAAGAAGCCUGCGGCUAGUUGCCCGUUUCUGCGCCCACACCGCAUACGAUGUGUCCCGGGGAACGGGAGAGCCAAACAGCUGGGGCCUUAUACACAACUGGUUUGGUUCCCUGAAUUCCUUCAAGAAGCUCAAGUCAUUGGAAAUGGACCCUACGCUGCUUUUAGGCUGGGACAGGAGUAAGGCUGACUGGAAUAAGCUGUCGGAUGUAUUGCCUGAAUCUCUUGAGUCUCUUUAUUUUAGGGACGAUUUCGAAGCAUGGGACUAUUCGCCGUGGAACGACGAGCUUUGGACACUGCACAAGCUGCUAAUUGACUAUCUAGACGAACCCCAGUCCAAGAUGCUCAAGAAGCUGAGAUUGACAGCCCCCAAUGGCUUGACCGAAACUCUCAACUCCAUGUGCAACGAUCGUAAAAUUCAUUUCAGCUGCGAUGAAUUCUGGCCCCCAAGUAGGUAGCUAACUACGAAUAUCAUUUUAUAUUAUCCGAACCCAAA